AUGACGAAAUCAAACGUCGAAGCCGCAAAGCGCGCAGCCGGCCAACAAGCAGCGGUCGAUCACUCCGACGCCAACUCCUCAUACUUCAGCAUUAGCAGCGGCAUAAUAGUUGUGCUACUAAAAGCGAUCAAGGCGCCCGUUGCCGUGUACUUCGGUAUGCAAGAUGACAGUAUCAUGGUCAGGACUGCGGAUGGUGAGCAUUAA